CAGCCAAAACACCCAUACCUAUGAAAUGAUUUAAAAGGAAAAACAACAACUUUUCCUCGCACUCCAUCCUAAACAGCUUCAGUGAAACGGUCAGGAGAGACCUCUCUCUCUUAGUUGUCGUGAGAUUAACCAAACAUAUUUUUAAAAUCAGAUUUAGAAAACCAGUCCCGAUUUUGGGUACUGGUGGGCGACUGACUCAAGCCAGGUUACCAAUAAUUGAGGCGUUGAAUGAGAGCGUUGGAAAUAGUCUGCUGGAGUUAGAGAUUCUUGCGGAACCGAGAGGAAGCCCUAGCCAUUCCCUGGUGAACACAAGCCCGCGGUCUCGGUUCUUUCGAAAAUUACGAGGUUGGGUCCCUGCCGAAAGUUGUUCAGUCCAAGGCAGCACUAUUCCUUGACGCCACCAAGCAGCGGGACUGCGUUUUGUCCGCUUUCCCCGACUUUGCUCUGAAGGAGUCAAGUUAAAGAAGGAUUAAUUGUCAUUGCAUUUCCAGAAAUGAGAAGAAAAAGAAGUCUCUCAGCAAACGAAUGUACACUCUUUCAAAAACGCUUCUUCCCUAAAGCGGAAGAUCCACACUUCUAAAUUUCUUUCUUGUUAAAACAAACUCGAGUUUAAGUGAAUCCCCGAGCUAGCAACGCGCUUCUGAAACUGACCCUUCCGAGGAGCAGUGGGAUGACGUCAUCGCGGCGCGACGACAAACCAAAGCCCCGGCUCCGCUGUAUGGCUAGUCGUCUCGCUUCUUCACCUGGCGGCGCUGCCAUCGCCUCUGUCCUGCUUCUACCGUGAUGGACAACCCUGGGGAGUCGCCCACAGACAAAGGCGGAGAGCCAGCGGAGUCAGAGGAGGUGAGGGCUACUCCUGGGGUCCCGGCGGCCGCCGACACUGAGGGAAUCCCAGAGGAAACCGACGGAGAUGGAGACGCAGACGUGAAAGAAGCCGCGGCGGAGGAAAGCGAGCUCAAGAGUCAGGAUGUCUCCGAUUUAACAACAGUGGAGAGGGAAGACUCAUCAUUACUUACUCCUGCAGCCAAAAAGCUGAAACUGGACACCAAAGAGAAGAGAGAAAAGAAACAGAAAGUAGACGAAGAUGAAAUUCAGAAGAUGCAAAUCCUGGUUUCUUCUUUUUCUGAGGAGCAGCUGAACCGUUAUGAAAUGUAUCGCCGGUCAGCUUUCCCUAAGGCAGCCAUUAAAAGGCUGAUCCAGUCCAUCACCGGCACCUCUGUGUCCCAGAAUGUGGUGAUUGCCAUGUCUGGCAUUUCUAAAGUUUUUGUGGGGGAGGUAGUAGAAGAAGCCCUGGACGUGUGUGAGAAGUGGGGAGAAAUGCCACCCCUGCAGCCCAAGCACAUGCGGGAGGCUGUUCGGAGGCUCAAGUCCAAGGGGCAGAUCCCCAACUCUAAGCACAAGAAAAUCAUCUUCUUCUAGAUCUGACCGAGAGUGGUCCAGACUUGUCGUAGUCGGGCUUCCGCACUGGUGCUCUGCUGUCGGUGCUCCAAGGGCCCCUGACGGUGAUUUUAAUGUAUCGGCACACCUACAAGGCACACCAGAAAGACAGACGACUCUGGUGGUUUCACUUUGGAGCUUAAAGUUGCAAAGACACAGGUUGUUUCUUACAUCUGGUUUUCAGAACUGCACUUGGGAUCAUCUGCCAUGAAGACAGUCACAAGGGUGAAAUACUUCAUGCUGUUAACAUUUCAGAUUCUCCUGUGGAUUUUGUGAGUUAUCACUAAACUUUUCCGACUUGGGUGGAAAAGUUUAUUUUAUUUUGUUGCAGGUAAAAGUCCUCAUCCUUCCAGUGUCUAAAUAAAACUAACUAGUCUUGGCUU